AUGUCCCCUCCUCUUUACAACUCAACACAUUAAUAAAAGUCUCCUCUCCCAUCCUCCCUCCCUCAAAACCUCUGCUUCCCCUUCUUCUUCUUCUUCUUCUUCUUCCACCUCUUCUCUAAUCUCUUAUCAUAUCCGCCUAACAAUUUGGUACCCAAUUUUCUUCAUCCUUCAUUUCAUCAGAUUGGUUUAAUUUCUCUUCACAAUCAUUUAAGGUUUGUUGAUUCUUUUGGGGGACGAGUUUGUGAUUCUUCUUUCAUUCCUUCUUUUGUUUGUACCAUUCAUUCACUAAAAAAGGUGAGGUGAACCGAUCGUCAUCGGAUUGGGGAGUAGACCAACCCGAUGGCGUCACCAUCUUCAAUCUCAAAUCCCGAAGCUGCUUCACAUCAAUCCCGUGAAUCCAAACGGAAAAAGAGAAGAAAAAUCGGUGCGGACGACGAUUCGAUUGCCGGACCCGGAAAUGUUACUGAUCCAACCCGAUGGAGAUCCGAAUCACAGGAACGGAUCUACGCCACCAAGCUCGUCGCCGCGCUUUCUCAAGUUCCGAGGGAGCCUGCGUCGUCGUCUGCUCCGGUCUCCGGCGGCCGGGUGGUACGGCAAACCGCCGAUAGGGUUCUGGCUGUUGCCGCCAAAGGGAGGACUCGGUGGAGCCGGGCGAUUCUCACCGGCCGGCUGAGUUUGAGAUUGAGUCAGAUUAACAAAAUGCACAGAAAGAAGAAGCCCAAGGUUACCGGAGAUCACCGGGCGAAGAGGCCGGCGGUAAAGAAGCAAUUACCUCCGCUGCAGAAGAAAGUCAAAGUUUUGGGCCGAUUAGUUCCCGGUUGCCGGAAAGUCCCUUUCCCCAGCCUACUAGAGGAAGCCACUGAUUACAUAGCGGCUUUGCAAAUGCAAAUCCGAGCCAUGACCGUAAUCUCCGAGCUUCUCACUCCCGGCGGCGGCAACGGAAUCGGAAAUGCCGGCGGCUCCGGUCAAGCUUAAAAAAGCCUCGCUGAUGUAUACAAAAAAUUGCUAGUUACGGCUGAGGUGUUUUUAGUAACUUUGAUAAUUUUAUAAUUUUUUUUCUUCUUAUAAAAAAACUGUCGAGAGAGGGGUUUUUUUCUUUUAUUUUUUCUCUUUAAGUUUCAUGUAUUUUAUUUGUAUACAUAUCCUUUUUUACCCUUUCGAUUAUUCGUUUUCCCUCUCUACAUUGGUUUAGCCUGUUAGACUUGGUAGUGUGAGUUCAUUUUUUUUUUCUUUCAUUACCAUUCUUUCUUUUUUUUUGGUUUAAAAAAAUGGUGAUUACUUUUUUUUGGAAUUUUAUGAAUAAUUUAUUUGUUGAUUCGUUUGCUAAUCGAUUGAUUAGUAGAAAGUUGAACAUGCCAACUGUGUUAUUACUUUUUUUAUAUUUUGUGUAAUAUAAACGGUAUUAGUUCUUGAUUCCUUCCCAGUUGAGGAUUGUUAUGAACAAUUAUUGCCAUUUUUGUACUACAUUUGAAUAAAGCAUUUGACGUACUCUUUCUCUUAAAAUAAAUUACUCCCUCCAUUUUUUUAAUAUAUUUUUAUAGAGAAUUCAUCAAAACCAAG